AAUGCAUAUAUUUUAUAAAAAACGCAAAAAACAUGAAUAAUCCCUAUAUUACGCGGGUUAAAGUAGCAACCUUAGCGUACGCAGCGCCGCCUGUGGCGGUUUAAUCGUGCGACUCAUUUCGGGACGUUAUCAGAAACGGAGUUUGGUCACAGAAUUCUGUGGUUUGGUCUCCUUAUAAAUUCUAGUCUUCAUGUUCAUGGUAUUAUCUAUGUCUAAUCUUUAUUAAAAUAUUUAAAAUAUUUUUUCGACCGUGGUAUAUUUUAGUGUAUCGAAAGACGAAAGACGAAAACCGUGAAAAUUGUAAGAAUUUCAUGAUUAUAACGGUGAUGACUUAUUAUGUUAAUAACCAUUUGUACGCUGCUGUAAACUAUAAAUAAGCAACUCAAUUGAACUCAAAUCUCAAAAAUCUGAGUUAUUAGAAACGACGAGUACUAACGGUUUUGGUCUUCAAACGGUCAAACAAGACUUAUAGUUUUACAGAAAUCUGAAGACGCACAUCUAUUAUCUACUCAUCAAAAAAUGAAUGAAGAUAUGGGAUUAGAUCUGCAAAAUAAGGCUGCACACAUAAGUUCAUUAAACAAAACUCCAGCCUCUAUUGUACAAGAGUAUGCGGCUAAAAAUCGCCUUGUUCCUCAAUAUGAUCUCAUACAUAAUGGUAUUGCUCAUAGUAAGGUCAGCUUUAAGUAUAGCUUAAGUAUGGGUGAUUAUGUAGCUGUAGGUGAAGGGUCUUCCAAAAAAGAAGCUAAACAUGUGGCUGCAUUAAAUCUUCUUAAAUUAAUGAUUGAUGAUAAACCCCAAUUAUUGAAUACUGAUUUUAAACAAUGGGAUUUUGAUAAUCAUGUGGUAUCUCCAUUUGAUAACAAUAUUAAAGUUAAUGCUGUUGGACAAUUGAAUGACAUUUGUACAAAUAAUAGACUAGGAUUGCCUGAAUUUAAUCUAGUUAGAGAAGAAGGACAAGCCCAUGCUAAAUUAUUUACUAUGAGUUGUCAAGUAGCUAAAAUGAUUGAAACAGCAAUACACAAAACCAAAAAACAGGCCAAACAUUUGGCUGCUGUUCAGAUGGUAAACAGAUUAAUGUCCAUUGACAAAUCACUAGUUAUGGAAGGGGCAUCACUAGGAUCAGACUCCAUGAAAAUCGUGGAACAAGUUGAACUUCUCAAAUCAGAUCAUUUAAAAAAACCUAUGCCUAUGGAUGAAGAUUUCACCAACUAUCAUUUGCUUUUUAAAAAAUCUGAAUUUAUUAACUCGGAUACACUAGAUAAGGUUAUGAAUCAGUAUCGCAAAAAUGGUGAAUUGGAAAUACCUGAACCUUUUGACGUUUUAUAUAAAAUUGUCACUGAAAAUGAAAUGAGCCUGACUUCAGUACCCGUAGAAGAAAUGUUUGUUGAUGUAGCACUCAAAAAACGUAAUUGUAUACUUAUUAUAGAAAGUGUAUACCCUCCUAUUAUUGGUGUGGGUGAAGCUGAUACCAUUGAACAGGCUACAUAUAUUGCUGCAGUAGAGUUACUUCGUGCAAUUUGUAUAUUAUUAAGUUGAAGACAUUUAGUUUUAUUCUGCCAUAAAUCAAACUAAAUACCUAUAAAAAAAAAAAAAUGGUUAUAUCUUAAUUAUCAUUACUUAUUUUCAUAAAAUAUUUAAGAUUUAUUUUGUCUGUCCUAAUUUUAUAUAAACAUGAUUAGAACUUAUUUAUUAUUAUACAAAUAUUUUUAUUGUUUUUAUAUACAUAAGUGCAAUUUGAAUAAAAAAAAAAUAUGAGGGUGCUUAAGAUCAGAAUUCUUAGGGCGUUAUAAUUAAAAUUAAAAUUAACCAUUUUAAUUUUAAAAUAAUACUCUUAUAUCUGGUUACAAUCUUUAUAUAUAUAUAUAUACAGUGAUCUUUACAUCAAUAUAAACUAUAAAGGAUGCUAAUUUUUAAAUUGAGAUUACUAAUACCACCCAAGCAUUCUUUGAAUUGCACCCAUGUUUGUAUAAUGUACCACAUUUAUUAAACUCAAGUUUUGCAUUAAUUUUUUACCAAUAUAAAUGUUAUGUUGUUAUUAUUAUUUUUAUAACUGUUUUAAAAUUGUACCUAUAAUAUAUUAAUACAUUAAUAAAUAUUAUAAACAUUUGUA